CAACGGCGACGCCCUUUUCUUCUCGUCCAGUCCCGAGGGCUCGAAUUCCUUUUGAUUUUGAGUAUUUAAUCUCUGUAGUUUUUUAGUGUUUUUGCAUAGUUUUGAUUUGAGGAUUGUUAUCUGGAACGAUGAGGAAGAAGAUGGACACUCGUUUCCCCGCGUCUCGAAUUAAAAAGAUUAUGCAAGCUGAUGAAGAUAUUGGGAAGAUUGCAUUGGCUGUGCCUGUUUUAGUAUCCAAAGCGUUGGAAUUGUUUCUUCAAGACCUUUGUGACCGGACAUAUGAGAUUACUCUUCAGAGAGGAAUGAAGACAAUGAGUGCUUUACACCUAAAGCAAUGUGUCCAAAGUUUCAGUGUCUUUGAUUUCCUGAGGGACAUAAUGAACAAAGUCCCAGACUUGGGUGGUUCUGAUGCUGCUGGUGAUGAUAGAGCUAGCAAGAGAAGGAGAACUGUGGAUGAAGGCAAUGAUAGUGAUGAGGACAUGAAGCUGGCCAGAACUCAAGAUAGCAUAGGGCCCAGCAGUGGAGGCAGAGGUCGAGGAAGAGGGCGAGGAAGAGGCCGUGGUGCUCGUGGCAACCGAGCGGCUGAGAGAGAAAGUGCUCACUUCGAUAAAUGUGAAGAUGACCCAGACACCUCUCCUCAGCGGGAAGAAAGGCAGCACGGCAUCAAAUCUGAAACUAUUCCUGACAACUUUAACGUUACACAACCGGGGGAAACUAAAGGCAUCAAUACAGAAGAUGCUGCAUCAGUCCGGAACUUCGACUUGAAUUUGAAGCUGGAUGAGAAUGGCGACACAACGACAGCCACAAAGCAGGAGGUAAAGGCUCCGGAUGAAUACCUGGGCUGGUCCGAUAACAUGGCUCAGAUUUCUAUUGACCCUGUUCAACUCGCAUUACUGAACGGAAGAUUAGAUGAAGAAGACGAGGACUAUGACAAUGUAGAUGAUUAACUUGGCUCGGCAAGUCGCUGAUUUAUUUGCUAAUAUAGGUGUAGUAGCUUGGUAGGGAUCUCCUCUUCUUGUGAGCCAAUAUCUUCACGUGCUCAGGGAAAAGUUGGAGAUAGGGAAAGGCCUUAAUAAAUGGCCCGUUGUAUAGUCUUGGUUCAGUUGUGCUAACAUAAAUUGCAAAAGUUAAAUUAAACUAAUUUCUGCAAUUUUUUUUUUCAA